AUGAGAUUAUCACGUAAUACAGUAUUUUCAAAAUUUCCAUGUGGUCCAGUUAUUAUUAUUGAUAAAUCAAAAAUUUCCUCAUGGUCAACAAGCAAUUCAAAAUAUAAAACUGAACUAUAUAAAUAUUAUAUUGAAACAGGUACAUGUAAAUUUGAUGGUGAUUGUACAUUUUCUCAUGGUUCUGAUGAUUUACGAUAUACAAAUCAUAAAUCACUUUUAUAUCGACUUUUUCAUAUGACUAAUAAUUGUCCUUAUCGUGAAUAUUGCGCAUUUAUUCAUGAUGAAUAUAAACGUUCAUCGAUUAUUAUUAAACCAGGUUAUAUUUAUGCACCACGAUCUAUACAAGAAAAUGGUGAUCAAAUAACAAUUGAUGAACAAGAAUAUCAACAACAACGUUCAAGACGUUUAAGUCCAGAUUAUGCAUCAAUUUAUGAACAAUUAUCAAUUUGA